UGUGAAGGUUGCACUUAAGAUUGAGUUGCACUAAUGCAUUAUUACAUUGCAUUAAAUUUCAUCUUCCUCCUGAUUACUGCAUGACUCAAUGGUUUCUGGUAAAGAUGCAUUAGAACCAUUUACAAAAUGCAACUGUCGUUUGUCAAAUAAUCUCACAAGUGUCAUGUAGCAUCAUAUAUUUUCAUUAUUGCAUUUUUAGGAGAUCAAAUACUCUUUGACAAGAUGCAUUAAACCACUGAUGCAUUGGCACUGUCAUGUCAACUAAUCUAACAAGCAUUAAUCUUUUUCUCCAAACUCAUCACUAAAAAUCGCAUGCAUUUAAAUCACUGAUGCAUUACAAAAGUGCAACUAUCAGUUAUCAAAUAAUCUAAAAUUAUACUGCAAUUUCUCUUUCUUCACUACUGAGAUUUCAGCGAUUAUUUCUUCCUGUCACGAUGCGUUUAAGUGCAUCAGUCGUCUGUCAAAUAAUCUCACGAGCAGCAUGAUAUCACUACUAUACGGCAUCUUUUCAUCUUUUAGUUCAUCCAUUAUUGCAUUUUCAGGAGAUUUCAUCAAUAAUCAUCCAUUUCAGCAUCACUUAAUAUUGCGUGCAUUAAAGCCACAAUUGCAUUUAGUUGUCAUUUGUCAAACAAUCUAUCACAUUGCAUCUUCGUCCUCACCACUUGCGCAUUUUGGUGAGAUUGCUUGACCAAACACGACGUAAACUAUCUAAACCACUAUUACUAACGCAUAAAAAAGUUCAACCGUCGCUUGACCAUAAUCUAAAUAGCAAAAUGCAGCAUAUUGCAUCUUUACAUCACCACUUUUGUAUUUUCAUUUUAUUUUAUUUAUUUUUUUGCCAUGACGCGUCAAUGCUUUAAAAAUUCCAAGUGGCAAGUGCAAAAUUAUAUCACGAGCAGCAUUUUGCAUUAUUGCUUCUUAUCGCAUUUUCAUGGAAUUUUAUAUCUAAUCUUUUUUUCUACUUUAGCAUCGCCUAUGGCAUGCAUUAAAGCCACCAAUGCAUUAAAAAAGCGGAAAUGUCGCGUAAUAAACAGCGCGUUGAAUUGCAUUGCAUCUGUGUAACUUCAUCGCUUUGUACUUAAAUGAGAUUUGAAGAAUUGUUUUCUAACACGACGCAUUUAUUUCACUGUUCACUACGAUGCAUUAAACAUUGCAUCUGCCAUUUGCCAAAUAAAAUGAUGAGCAGCACAUUGCAUUAUAGAUUGCUUUUGAUUUCUUUACUUUAUUCGUAUUGCAUUUUUAUAAGAUUUUAUUAAUAGUAUUUUGUUUUCUCAACUUCAGCAUCACUUAGGCUAUUGGGUGAACUAAAGCCACCAAUGCGUAAAAAAGCUAAAUUAUCGCUUAACAAACAAUAUUAGAAAGAUUUGCGCUUUGGAUUACAUCGCACCUUCACCACUUUUCCAUUUUUAUUUUAGUAUUUCACUAUUUACAAAUGCAUUAAAAAGCGGAACUGUCAAAUAAUCAAGCAAUCAGCUUGCAUCUCUCUCUCUCUCUCUCUCUUUCGCUUGCUCGCUCGCUCUAUGGCUCGCGCGCGCGCUCCUCCAGACGCGAGAGUUGACGGGAGGUAAUCCCCUCCAUGUGAGGAGGCGGCACGGGUGCGGAGGCGUGUUGUUUUCCAUUCAAAUCCUUACUAGUCCUAUAAAAAGCGGGAGUCGGAGCUGGAAAGCAACAAGACCGCACAUACGUGACCGCGCACACGCGUCCACACAUCCAUAGGACUCCAUAUGGGGGGGGUGGAGAUGCUGCACGGCUCCGCAGGUGUCCACGCGGCGAGGACGCUAAAAAACGCCGCCGCGUGCUUGAUGCUGCUGCCGCGCUUCCUGGUGGCCGCCGUGAUGCUGUGGUUCCUGGAUUUCCUGUGCAUCCGGAGGAAGGUGCUUGUGAAGAUGCGCGAGGCGAGUCCCGACGACCCGCCGCUCUGCGUGUCCGACUCCAACAAGAUGUUUACGCUCGAGUCGUUGCGCGCCGUGUGGUACGGCCAAAAACUGGACUUUUUCAAGACGGCGCACGUCGGGGGCGCAGCGCCCAACACCGAAGUGGUCCCGCUGGGUGACACCGAGCGGGCGCAACGCAUUCUGGACUACGCCCGCGGCCGGAGACCGCUCAUCCUCAACUUCGGGAGCUGCUCCUGACCGCCGUUCAUGACGCGCCUGUCGGCGUACCAGCGCGUCGUCCGCCAGUACGCGGACAUCGCGGACUCGCUGCUGGUGUACAUCGAGGAAGCGCAUCCGUCAGACGGUUGGGUGAGCUCCGACGCGCCCUACCAGAUUCCCCGGCACCGCUGCCUGGAGGACAGACUUCGCGCCGCGCAGCUUCUGGAGGUGCCGGGGAGCGCCGUGGUUGUGGACACUAUGGACAACUCGUCCAACUCGGCGUACGGCGCCUACUUUGAGCGCCUUUACAUCCUGAAGGACCAGAAGGUCGUGUAUCAGGGAGGCAGGGGUCCGGAGGGCUACCGAAUAUCGGAGCUCAAAGACUGGCUGGAACGAUACCGGCGCGACAUUGAAGGUUCUAGAGCGGUCGUGGUUCACGUUUAAGAUGCUUGGAUGUUUCUUUAUCCAACCCACACUUGUGUCCUUAUAAUGAAGUCUAUGGCUGUGUUUCAAAUCGUAGUGAAAGUCUGCUCUCUCUCUCUUUCUCUCUAGUUCUUGAGAGAUCUCAGAAAGUUCUUGAUGUUAAGUUGUUCACAUCAGUGUUUUACUCUCUGGGUUUUUUAAACCUUAUAACAAAGUCACUGGCUGCUUUCAAACCGGUUGUCUACACUACAUAAAUGUAAAUAAAUGUAAAUGUGAACCCAGACUUUUGGAGCUCACAGCAUAAGGUUUAAUACAGAUGAUAGCUCUUAAUCUUUCAUUCAAAUCAAUCAAUUCACCAUCACCAGUUUGUUAAAGAAUAUGACCCAGGACUUCUUUCGGAGAGAUACAUGAUCUCAUUGUUCUACAGAAGUCUUCAUUAAGAUGUUUUUUGCAUCCCCACUGUUAAAAUGUGUUUUUAUAAUUAAUUCAUCUGCUAGUAAAUCUCUGCAAUCUUCAGCUGGCUUUACACUGCAAAAAAUGUUUACUCAUUAAACCAACAAUGUACUUGAAGUGACUGCAUUAGGGUGCAUCGGUAAAAGUAAACAUUCAAGGGCCAGAUGAGUUAAAAACAGCUGCUCAUGUUGACUCUUACCCAUUGUGCGAUGUUAAUCUGCGUGAAGUUGCUACAAACUGCUUUAGAGAUGAAAAUGAUGUUGAUGUUUUGGUACAGGUUCUUCAGAUUAUAUUCUUCUAAUGGGAGAAGUUUCUGUGAAGAAGAUAAAACUGAAUUGAUUUAUCUUAAUAAUGCUUUUAAAGAGAAAUCUUUUAAAGUCUAGUAACCAAAAUCUAUGUUUUAUAUGAAGAGCUCAGAUUCAAAACCCUCUUAUAACAUGUUGUCUUAUGAAUGAGCAUUUUUUUAAUCAGACUCUUAAUGCAUUUUGCCAACAAAGGGAUGUUUCUGAAAGCCCUGAGGCCGGGAUGAAGCAGAUUUGAAGUGAAAGUAUUUGAUAAACAUCUCAUUUAGACAUAGGUGGCAUUUAGCGGCUUUUGAAUCUGAGCUCUUCCAACAUUUAUUUGCACACGUAUAUAUAUAUAUAUUUAUCAUUUUGGUAUCUAGAAACAUAAGGGUGCAGACAACAUUUUUACCAAUAUGUUCACUAGGUUUGGAAACACAGCCAUCAAAUCAAUGUCUUCAUCUGCUGCUAUAGACUGUCAAUUGCAAUACUGCACACGUUGGGCUUUAGUUUCACGCAUAUACAGAUGUUUAUGUUGUCAGUGGCCAUGCGACCGCAUGAUAGCUGUUGUGCUUUUGUUGUGUCAAUCCAACAUUUUAUGGCAUUUUAUUUGGAUUAUUGCAAAAUCUUACAUCUAUCUGAAACAUAUCCUAUUUGAUUGACUAUUUUAUUUUUGUAUGGUAUCUUUACCCUGUAUGAUUGUGUGUGCGCGCGUGUGUGUGUGUGUGGCCAGGAGGCUGUUUCAUUGUACUCUGGAGUUAUUGUGAAGAUCGGUUUUUAAAAGGAUUUUAACCAGAAAACCGAUACUGAUGUAUUUUGACACUAGAGUACAGGACAGAUAAAUGGCCUCUAGACGUGUUGCCAAAUGUUGUUUUGUAAAUGGUGUAUAUUUUAUUAAACAGUUUUUUAAAUAAACGGUAGAGAUCCCUCUUAA